AAUUUUAGAAGAGGAUUGGGAGAUAUAGCGUGUGAAGGCUGAAAGUUUGUGUAUAUGUGUGGUCCCUGUGAAGCGUCUACUCACAAUGUUCACAUCAAAACAUCGAGCAAGGAUGGAGGAUGAAGGCUCAGUAGACUAUAGCACAGAAGUUAUGGAAAACGGAAAAGAGCGGAAGGCCAAUGACUCGGAAGAUGACGGGGACGGCGUGGUAUGUCUUGACUCGGAUAAUGCUGACACCAAAGAUGUGGAAUUUGCUGAGGAAGUGAUAAAUCUAGAUGAUAAGGAAUCUGGAGAAGACAAGUCAUCAAAGAAAGGUGACAAAAAGGAUGGAGAAGGUGAGAAGGAUGGCAUGAGAGAAAAGGAAGCCAAGGAGAUGAAAAAGAAGAAGUUGAAGUCGACAGAGGAGGACAUAGGGAUCACUGCUUUUGCUGGGGAUCACAGUGGCUUCUUUGCCAUCAUAAAACAAAGGUAUUCAGACUUCCAGGUUAAUGAGAUUGACAGUGAUGGUGAGAUGAUUCGUAUCACUAACCAGAACAUCCCUGAUGAGCCGGAGGAAAUUCCUGACAUGCCAGAGGUGAUGCCCCUGGAGUUGACAGAUGUGAAGAUACGCGAGCUGGAGAGGAUGUUGGGUCUGGGCAAACAAAAGAAAGAAGAGGAAUCAAAAGAAAAUGAUAAGGUAGAGGAAGAGGUGGAGGAAGUGAUACAAGAGAAGGAAGAAAAGAAAGAAGAGAAGAAAGAGAAAGUUAAGAAAGAAAGCAAAGAAGAAAAGAAAGAGAAAGACAGCAAAGAAGAGAAGAAAGAGAAAGAAAGCAAAGAAGAGAAGAAAGAGAAAGAAAGCAAAGAAGAGAUGAAAGAGAAAGAAAGCAAGGAAGAUAAGAAAGAGAAAGUAUGCAAAGAAGAGAAAAAAGAGAAAGAAAGCAAAGAAGAGAAGAAAGAGAAAGUAAGCAAAGAAGAGAAGAAAGAGAAAGUAAGCAAAGAAGAGAAAGGAGAGAAGAAAGAGAAAGAAGAGAAGAAAGAGAAAGAAAGCAAUGAAGAAAAGAAAGGGAAGGAAGUCAUGGAAGAGAGUACAAAUGAGACAGAAGAUGAAGAAACAGCAAAGAAGGAUGAUGAGAGUAAGGAGAAAGAAGACAAGGAUAAGAAAGCAUCAGAGAAGAAUGAAGUCAAUGCCAAGGAGAAUUUACCUGCGCUGACGGAGAUCUGGAUCAACGUAGACUUAACGGAUGAGGCAGGUAUCGACCUCAUUAACCAGGCAAUCAAAGCCCAGUACCGGGGAGUGGAGAUUUCCUACGGGGAGACAUCAGAUGGGGGAAAGUACAUUGUCGUUAGGAAGAGAAAAGCCGGCGCUGUACGGCGGGACAAGGUUGGAUGGCCAAAGGAUCAGCUAUACACAACGUUUGUCCUCUAUAAAGAAAAUGUUGAGACUGUAGAAGCCAUCAAUCAAAUUGCAUGGAAAGCCAGGGUAAAACCAAGCAGUUUUACAUAUGCAGGAACUAAGGAGAAGCGGGCCAAGACCAGUCAACUUGUAGCGAUUAAAGAGGUGGCACCCCAACGACUGUGGCUGGCUACCAAGAACUUACGAUCAAUACACGUCGGCAACUUCCACUUCCGUGAGAGGCCACAGAGGUUAAAUCUACAGUUUGGAACUCACUAUCGCAUUGUUUUAAGGGAAGUUGAUGGAACAGAUGAGGAGGUGCUUGAAGCUGUUGAGUCAAUGAAGACUAAAGGGUUUAUCAAUUACUAUGGCACACAACCGUUUGGCAACAACUGCAUCUUUAUGCGUGGUAUUGGUUGUGAAUUACUCAAAGGCAACUGGCAACAGGCAGUGAACCUUAUCCUUGCACCUCGUGACAAUGAUGUCCCAGACCUGCACCGAUGCCACACCACAUGGAAGGAGACUGGGGAUGCAGAGGCUGCUCUCAAGAUGCUGUGUAAGGGCUGGGAGGCUACAGUUGAGAACCAGUUAUUAACUGGGCUCUCACAGUUAACAGGAAAUGAUCUCGUAGAAGCUCUAAACCGAAUCCCACGCGCCACUCGCACAUUAUAUCUCCACGCAUACCAAAGCUGGAUGUGGAACACAAUAGCUUCUCGGCGGUUCAAAAAGUACGGACUGAAGGUGCUGCCAGGAGAUAUAAUCCGGCGCAAAGGCUCCAGCACAGAGGGGGAAGAAAUGGAGGAAGAGACCAAUGAGAAUGAGGGCGAGAGUGAAGAAGGUAAGGAGGACUCCGAUGGCAAGACCGAGAUGGAGACAUCCGAGACUAAUGGCCAGAACAUGUCGGGCUUCCAUUUCUUGACUGAGGAGGAAGCCGAGGUGGCAGACAUAGCUGACGUAAGUCUUGAGAACUUAGUAUUAGAAUGGGUGAUUUUUAGGUUUAAAAUUUUUCUUAUAGUACAUGUAAUGAAAUAUUCAAUGACUUUCAAUGCCCUCAAACAUGAAAUCAAAGCGUAUGCAGCACGUGGUGUCUACCGGAGAAUGAUGGUAGUACCAUCAAAUAUCACAGGGAAACUUUGCUUCUACAAGGAUGCAUCUAAACCACUCCUGCAGUCAGAUAUGGACAAGUUGUGGGGAAUCAAAGUUGAGGACAACAUUCUCAAAGAGGGAUCUAACAAAGCCUGUAUCCUGGAGAUGACCUUGCCAUCCUCUUCCUAUGCAUCUGUGGCAUUACGAGAGCUGCUGAAGAGGGACACCUCGUGGCAGUUUCAGGCUGCGCAAAAUAUGCCCAGUAAUGUAAUUGAUCGAAGUAGAGAUACAAGUGGAAGGGGUAGAGGAGGAAGAGGAGGAUGGAGAGGAUCUGAUCGAGGAUCGUGGAAGCCAGCACCGUGGGCAUAUGGUUCAGCCUGGCAACAACAGGGAAGAGGUGGAGGAAGGGGAUCAUUUAGUCCAUGGGCAGACCAGGGAGGUUUUAGGGGUCGGGACUAUGGAUGGAACAAUAAUCGUGGAGGAGGAGGAGGGGGGUAUGGAGCGCAUGUUAUUUACGGUGCUACUACAGGUGGAUGGGGGCGAGGGGAUAAAAGGAUCUGGAGGGGGGGUGACAGCUGGACUAAUAAGAGGGGAAGAUAUUGAAGAAAUGGCUUAUCCACCCAUAUUAUUUUGGGUUAGAAGUAAAAUGCAAACUUGCAAAUUGUAAAGUUUGAUGUCCAUAGACUGUUGUUCUUGUCUGACCUCUAUGUACUUAUGUGUUGGUCUUUUGAGACAUUUGUAAGGGCUUACAUGUUCUGAAAUACCAAAAUGAUGUUCUAAGUUAAAUUAUUUUUUUUUUUUAAUACUUUAUCCAAAUUUAAUGUGAAAAUUUAAUUAUGAAAAGGAAGACAUUUUAUAGUGGUGGGACUGUGAUCAUGAUUGCUUUUAUUAUAACGUUCAUUCUCAUCUAACCGUGAAAUGCCGUUUGGUUGAACAUGCCUUCAGUACAUAAAAAGGUCUGCAGUUCCAGCAAUGAUGUUUGUCAAUUUAACAUAUUAGAAUAUACUUUAAGCAAAUUUCUUUUUAUACUGUCAGUAUGCUAUCAUAAGUUUUGCUGUAGUAUAUAACAGCUAAUUGUAUCAAUUAAUUUUAAUGGAUUUUGAAUGAUGUGAAAUAUCUGCAGGUAGAAGGAAUUGGUUUGAUUUCUGAUAAGAUUUGCAUGCAGAUUAGGUUGUAUGGAUUCAUAUGAUAGGAAGAAACCAAGAGUUAGUUAGAGAUGAUGUAAAGCUCCUGAAUGUUUUAAUAUUAAGGAAGAUGUAAAUCAUUUUUGUGUCUGGCAUUGUCAGUUUGCAGAGAAUGAUUUAAUAAAAUGAUUAGAAAUU